AUGUACAUGGUUGCUAAAUUCCAGGAGUAUGUGCGGCCUUUUCUCAACCCUAAACUGUCUAGCUUCUGUACCAGUUUGACAGGGAUCACCCAGGAAAAAGUGGACCAGACAGAUCCCUUUGUGGAUGUCCUUGCCAAUGUGGAGGCAUGGUUCUCACAGCAUGGCCUAGGCCAAGAGCAGACGUUUGCUGUGCUUACAGAUGGGCCAUGGGACAUGUUCAGGUUCAUGUUCUACCAGUGUCAGGAGAGCCGUAUAGAGAUGCCUACGUGGUCUAAGGUCUGGAUCAAUAUUCGCAAGGCCUACUGUAAUUUGUACAACUGCGGUCGCGGAGGAAUAGAGAUCAUGCUCCAUAAUCAAGGUAUGAAAUUUGAAGGCUCGCCACACAGUGGCAUCGAUGAUGCAGUGAACAUAGCGCGCAUAGCGAUCAAGAUGCUCUCCGAUGGUUGCUGCCUAUCUCUCUCUAAAAGGGAUGUAAGGUUAAAUAAGGUUUGA